UUCCUAUUGGCCAUUGGCCGUUUCCGGGGGCAGUCUUGUUAUUUGAAAAGCGUUCGGUUGGUUGCUGGCGUUCGCCGCCAUUGUUUAAGCAAAACGUCCACAAUGUCUCUCAAAAGCAAAGUUGGAGAAUAAAUAAGUUUUCGCCUGUACGUAUUUACCGUUUUGCCUUUUGAGCUCAAACAUGGCUCAGCGCGUAGCCGUAGCAGACGGUGGAAACAAGAAAACGACCAGAGUCCGCGUUGCUGUUCGUCUACGUCCUUAUAUGAGUAAACAUGACGAGAAAAGCGAAGGACCGUGCGUGAGAGGCCUAGAUUCCCAAAGUCUCGAGAUAAUAAACUGGAGGAAUGCUACAGAAUCAGUCAAAUAUCAGUUUGAUUCUUUUCAUGGAGAGGAAACGACACAACAAGAGGUGUUCCUCACCUCGGUGAAGCCAAUUCUGUCACAUGUAUUGAAUGGUCAAAAUGCCAGUGUUUUUGCGUAUGGACCGACAGGAGCAGGUAAGACGCACACCAUGUUGGGGAGUCCAGAGCAGCCAGGCGUGAUCCCUCAAGCUGUCCGUGAAGUCUUCCAUCUAGUGAAGGGCAAGAAGGAGGAUGAAGGAUGGGACUAUAGCAUCGGCAUGUCUUACUUGGAAAUUUAUAAUGAGAAGGUGCUUGAUCUUCUGUCACCGGGCUCCCAAGACCUGCCAAUCAGAGAGGACAAGGACAAGAACAUUCUCAUCCCUGGCCUGACUCACACAACAAUCUCGUCUUUCUCCGAUUUUGACAAGCAUUUCAUCCCUGCCAGCCUCAAUCGCACCACAGCCUCCACCAAACUUAACCAGCGUUCCAGCCGCAGUCACGCUAUUCUCCUUAUUAAGGUUGUGCGGACGCGGCGCACGUUUCCCCACAGACAACAGACCGGGAAGCUGUACUUGGUAGAUCUGGCUGGGUCCGAGGACAACCGUCGCACAGGCAACCAGGGCAUCCGUCUGAAGGAGAGCGGCGCCAUCAACCUGUCUUUGUUCACUCUCAGCAAAGUGGUGGACUCCCUCAACUCUGGCACGGCUAUCCGAGUGCCAUACAGAGACAGCAAACUGACGCGGCUGCUGCAGGACUCGCUGGGCGGCUCGGCGCAUUCGGUCAUGAUCACCAACAUUGCACCGGAGUACAAAUAUUACUUUGACACUUUCACUGCUCUCAACUUCGCCGCCAAGUCCAAGCUUAUUGUGAACAAGCCCUUCACACGAGAGACCGUUGCCGUGCCCAUGCUGCCGGUCAAACGCGCCAGAGACGAACUCGAGGGCCGAGGUCCUGAUGCCGACCCACAGAGGAAAAGGCCGAAGGAGGAGAAGAGAAGUGGACAGGAGGACGCCUCCUCUGCAAAUUGUAACAGUUUAGCGGCACCGUCAGUGAUGGACAGACUAAUCGCUCUAGAAAAGCUAAUGAUGAGCUGUCAGGGGAAAGACAGAUCGAGCGUGCUGAACGAUGUGGCCCAGUCUCGGAAGGAGAUUCAGGAGUUAAAGGAGAAGCAGCGGGAGUUCGAGAGCAAAGCCCUCCUGCUAAGCCGCCUGGCUGGAGAAGGUUCAAGCGGUAAACACGAGUCGGAUUUCAAAAACAGCACAGCUCCUCUGCAGAAAAAACAGUCCAACACAUUGCGAUCCAUCAGACAGCAGGCUGUGGUUCAACCGCUGCAAGUUUCCCAGCUUCAGCCUCAGCAGCAACUCAUCACUGUCAAGAAACAGUCGGUCUGCGUCAAGAAAAAGCCUUCCAACCAGUUUGAGCCUCCAGAUGGUAAGGAGAACAUGAGUGAGAGCAGCUGGGAGUCUAAGCUGGACAACUCUGUCUUAGAGCAGUCCAGGAAGAAGAUCCUUCACAUUCUCAACAGCGGCUCCAUCAAAGAGUUGAAAGGUCUGCAGCAGAUAGGAGACAAGAAGGCCAAGCUCAUCUUGGGCUGGAGAGAGCUCCAUGGUAACUUCACAGAGUUGGAGGAUCUUGUAAGAGUUGAGGGAAUGACUGAAAAAAGAUUUUCCUCCUUUAUGAAGGCAAAUAUCCUGAGUGCCCUGGGAAAAUGAUUUUUUUUUUUUUUUGUACAUGUAUUGCUUUUAUAUUUUUACCUUGUCAUUGUGGUCCAGCCAAUGGCUAGCCUGCUUUUA